GCGCGUUUUACAAAAUAAAAUAAUUUGGCAAAAGUAAAAAUUUAGAACUUAAAAAGAGUAAAACGUAUAAUAGUUGAUAAAGUGCGUAAGAAUGAAUUAAGGACAAUCAAGAACAAGUUUUGCUUAGUGCUAGUGCUGGGAAUUUUGUGAGAAGUCUUAUAAAAUCUAUGCUAAUGGUUAAAAUUUUACAGCCAUCUGCAAGCAACAUAAAAGAAAAUAAAAUCGCUAUACCUAUUGCCAAUAACAAGAAAAAAUUUAGUACAUAUGUAUGUAUGUAGGUAUUAUUAAUGCAAAAACGCCUCCACUUCAGCGGGCCUAGUGUUUAGGAUACAGAGGCGUUGACGUAGGCGCCUGCGUUAGCACCAAUAGUGUUAAAAAUAGUCGAGUGAUAAGAGGCUUUGCUUUGCAAGUGGCUUGCAAUUGAAAAUCGUUAAUCGCCUUAUCAGGUUAUUUUUGCUUGUUGCUGGGAAACGGAAUAAAAACGCCCCAAUUGAGGGCAGUGGGGCGCUUCGAAAGAAAAGGCACCUGUGCUCGCAUACUUAAGCCAGCAAAAUUCGCCAGUAAUAAGUAAAAUUGUUCACAAAUAUAUGUGGUAUGUGCAUAUGUUAAACUUUGUAAGCAAAUUUACUCAAGGAGGUCGUAGCCGAAAGUAGAUUGCAUCGACAGGUAGACCAAUAAAUUAAGGCCUAAAUGUGGCACUGGUAUAAUGGAUGUUCUCGUUAUGCAUGCUAAUAGGCAGUAUAUCAACCUUACAUGAAGUUAAAUUAAUGCAAAGAGUGAAUAAUCGUUCUAAGCGGAUGCCGGUAACAAGUGCGUACGGGAACGUGAACCAAAGUUGAAAAGUCGUUUUUGCUAAUAACCGCUGCUAUCAACCAGUUGAAUUUUACGUGUUUGUAGUACGGUUGACAAAGACACAUUUCUAUGGAUGUAGCAGCAGGUAGCAACUCAAGAUUCAGCGAUGUUGACGAAUAUGGCUUUAAACGCUCGGAUAAAUUUGAUUAUAAAAAUUAUGAACAAUUCAUGUCCGGUUACCUGAAGACGCUCACAAAGCGCCGCAUGAAAUGGGAAGCCAUCUUGCAGCGUAAUGCCGAUCUCACCAUAAUCGACAGUAAAUUGAAGCGGUACAUACGAAAGGGUAUACCAGGACCCUUUCGUCCUGAUAUAUGGAUGAAAAUUUCUGGCGCCGCCAAAUUGCAACAACGUUCACCCACUUUAUAUCGUAAUUUGUUAAGCGCACAUUACGAAAAAGAAAUCUGCGAUUCCAUAUCAAUUGAUCUACCUCGUACAUUUCCCGACAAUAUUCACUUUGAUAUGAAAAAGGAGCGUCUCUUCAACAUUUUGGUCGCGUAUGCGCAUCAUAAUCGAGAAGUUGGCUACUGCCAAGGAUUGAAUUAUAUAGCGGGACUAUUAUUGAUCGUCACAGACGAUGAAGAGAAAUCGUUCUGGCUACUCAAACAUAUUGUCGAGAAUAUUGUACCACAGUAUCAUACAAAAAAUAUGGCAAAUCUAUUACGUGAUUUGGCAGUAUUCAAGGAAAUGAUUAUAAGACGAGCGCCGCAAGUUAAUCGGCACAUAGAAAAUUUAG